CGUCCAGUCACGUGACCCUGCGUCAGCUGACCGACUCGGGCUCACUUUGACAGUGGAGUGUCUCUUGUAAACGACAAGAUCGGUUUAUCCUUCCCAAUAAAACAUAUGGUGGUCACGGAGAACUAAAAAGAGUGAAAAUAUAAGAGACGAAUCGCUAAAACUACAAGAAGCAAGAUGUCAGGAAAAGACAGGAUCGACAUAUUUCCGUCUCGAAUGGCGCAGACCAUCAUGAAAGCACGACUGAAGGGCGCCCAGACGGGGAGGAAUCUGCUCAAGAAGAAGGCAGAUGCCCUGGCCAUGCGCUUCCGGCAGAUUCUCCGCAAGAUCAUAGAGACCAAAACGCUGAUGGGGGAGGUGAUGAGGGAGGCAGCCUUCUCUCUAGCAGAAGCCAAGUUUGCUGCCGGGGACUUCAGUACCACUGUGAUCCAGAACGUAAACAAAGCCCAGGUGAAGGUGCGUGCCAAGAAGGAUAACGUAGCAGGUGUUACCCUCCCAGUAUUUGAGCACUACCAGGAAGGAGGGGACAGCUACGAGCUGACUGGUUUGGCGAGGGGAGGGGAGCAGCUGGCCAAGCUGAAGAGGAAUUACGGCAAGGCUGUGGAGCUGCUUGUUGAACUGGCCUCCUUACAGACUUCAUUCGUUACGCUGGAUGAGGCCAUCAAAAUCACUAACCGUCGUGUGAAUGCUAUAGAGCACGUGAUCAUUCCGCGGAUCGAGCGUACCCUGUCCUACAUCAUUACGGAGCUGGAUGAGCGAGAGAGGGAGGAGUUUUACAGGCUGAAGAAGAUCCAAGAGAAGAAGAAGCAGAUGAAAGAGAGGACAGAGCGGGAGAUGGCGGAGCGGCUGGCAAAACUGGGCCCCGUGGCAGAGCCCAGCAACAUGCUGACAGAGGAGGCGGACGAGGACCUGCUCUUUGAGUGACCUGUCUGUCUGCUCCCCCCACCCUGGAUUUGUACCUUAUUUAUUUUCUGUCUCCGAGGCCAUAUUACUGUCUUGUCAAACUAAAACAGAGGCUAUUUUGGGUUUCAUUGUAUGUGUUGGUGGUCGUUUUCUUUCCAUGUGUUCAGUAUUGCACAGGAUCAGUGUCAGACGAAACAAUUGCCUCAGAAAAUGUGUCAUAUCUUGUAUCACAGGGCGCAUCUCACUGUGUUGCACCAAAAGAACCUCUUUCCUUGACCACAGAAGGCAAAAGUGGGACCUAAAUGGGCCUGUACUUGGGAUUUGUUAAGGCGGGAGGCUGGGAGAGGUGGGAGUUUGACUGUGCGGGUUUCUUCGGUGUUGGGUGACAUUGCAUGCGGUAAUUUGAGCUGCGUCAUGGUUGUGUUCUGUAUCUCUGUAGGGUUCACCUGAGUUUUGAUCCUGCAAGGAUGGAGCAUGUCUCCAAAAGAAAGAACUUUUUUAAAUUCAAGUAAAACUUGACUUGAGCAGCAUUCUUAAA